UCUCAGAUAGUGGGUGGUCAGGAAGGGGUUAACAGGCUGUGCUCUAUAAAUCUGCUUUAAGAGUCUGCUGGAAGCUACUGGUUCAGCCUUUAAAAACAGUCAUUGGAAUCGUCCUGAGAGGCUUGGAGCAGAGCGCCGAGCAUCAGUCAGGUUUGAGGUGCCGGUGUGAGACCGUGAGGAUGAAGACGCUCUUCUUCGCUUUUAUGCUGCUCCUGAGCCUGCCAGCAGCCUCAGCACGAAGGCUGCGGCGGGAUUCUCAGCUGAUCCGUGGAUCUGUACCUCGCAGGCGGCUGACAGGACUCGUCAGCUACAACUUCAAGUCAAGAAGGAGGACUCCUCGUUCUGAUGAUGACCCCACCGCCAUGACGCCAAUAGGCGGUAAUGCAGACGGCCUUCCCACGUGUCUGCUGUGUGUGUGUCUGACUGGCUCAGUGUAUUGUGAAGAGGUCAGCCCAGACAUGACUUCUGUUCCUGCUCUGCCAAAGGAAUCUGCCUACCUAUACGCCCGCUUCAAUAAGAUCAAAAAGAUCAACAAGAGGGACUUCGCUGACACCGUGACCUUGAAGAGAAUUGACCUCACAGGAAACUUGAUCGCAGAGAUUGAAGAAGACGCCUUCUCCAAGCUGACUUUGCUGGAGGAACUGUCUCUGGCUGAGAACAGACUGACCAAACUUCCUGUUCUGCCAACCAAACUCUCAUCCUUCAAUGCAAACAGGAACCUUCUCAAAACCAAGGGGGUAAAGGCUAACGUCUUUAAGAAACUGACAAAGUUGGUAAACUUGUACCUGGCUGACAAUAUGCUUGAAGCUGUUCCCACCAUUCCAGAGAGUGUCCGCAUCCUACAUUUGCAGAACAACAACAUCACUGAUGUCACCAUAGACACUUUCUGCAAGGCCAGCGACAAUUACUACCUUCGGCCAAGUCUCAGUGAGGUCCGUCUGGAUGGCAAUCCAGUGGUGCUGUCCAAAUACCCUGACAGCUUUACCUGUAUGAAAGUACUUCCAGUUGGACGGUACCGCUGAGGAGCAGCUCACUCUAUCGUACCUCUUUGAACCUCUCGUUGUUAAUGAAGCACCAGAGUGGGUAGAGGUACCACAGUAUUCUGGACUUAAGGUUGCUCAUACCACUGUGUGAAUCAAGGCGGUAACAUCCUUCUUUAGCUAGUGUCACUAUCAGGCCAAACACAACUCAUUGGACUUCUCAACUCCUCUGUAAGUCUGUUCAAAAGUGUUAGUUGCUUUUCAAAGAGUCAGUCUUAGAUAUUUAGAAAAACCUUCAAUAACUUCUAUUAAACAAGUGUCAUGUGAUGGUUUGUACUUACUGCACAUGUUAAUUUUAUUGUGAAUGAUGAACAGUAGCCCCUACGGAGGUACCU